AUGAAGGAACUGAAAUCAAUAAAUGAUGAUAAAGUUUUCAUGAAAUGGAUUAUUCCUGCUUCUUUACUGGAAAGACAAACUAGAACAUCAUUGAAUAAAGAGUGCGGAAAACAUACAGUGAAAAGAGGUGAUAGUGUAAGAGUUAAUUCUACAGAUGUUACAACUAAUCCAGUGAUACCAGAGAAAAAGAAUCAAAUUUCGAGUGAUUCUUCAACAUUGUCGAAAGAAUGUACUAUAAAAAAGAAAUUUGAUUCGAAGGAGAAUCUAGCUCAAAAGUAUCCAUUUACUUCAUCCAGUUAUGAUUUCACGUCCAAAGAUUCAAUAUCUUCUAUUAUGUCACCAAAAGCUGAAAAAUAUGUUCGUAGAUGGUUAACAUAUGCUUCACCAUUAGAGCGCACAACAGCACUGGAAUUCAUAGACAAGCUGUAUCAUGAGACAAAUGAACAAGAUCAGUUAACCGAUACUCAAAUUGAAAACUUUAUAAAACGCUUUAAAAACAUUAACCUGGGUCAAAACAAAAGACCACAUCCCGUAUUCUCUCAAGGUGAUGGUUCAACGCACUUCAAAUACUUAAAUCUAUUGACUCAGCAAGAAAGAAGGGAUCACUGGAUGUAUUGCAGUUGGCAUCAUUUACCUCCUUAUAAAAUAUCAAGUACGGCUAGAUACGACUAUCCUGGAUCACAUUACUUACAUUUAUUGAACAGGCAACCAAAAGAAUAUGUUAUUCAUCCUGAUUUUGACUGA